UCUGCAGGCUGCCUGCAGGCACACGGAUGGUGGCCGCCCCGACCCGUGAGGGACAGCAGGCUGCUCCAUGGCAGCCGUGAUAAGGACGGGACCUCCCAGCGCUGCUUCAGAUCCUCCCUCGCUCCCAGCGCAGCCUUGAAUCCGCCGUCAUGAACGGGCUGUCGAUCAGCCAGCUCUGCUGCCUCUUCUGCUGCCCUCCCUGCCCCAGCCGCAUCGCCGCCAAGCUGGCCUUCCUCCCCCCAGAGCCCACCUACGCCGUGGUCCCCGAGCCGGAGCCCAUCGGCAGCACCAGCACCGGAUCCCUCCGAGGCGGCGCUGCGGGGAGGUGGAAGCUGCAUUUGAAGGACCGGGCGGAUUUCCAGUACUCCCAACGAGAGCUGGACAACAUCGAGGUGUUUAUCACCAAAAGCAGCCGAGGGAACCGCAUCGGCUGCAUGUACGUCCGCUGUGUGCCAGGAGCCAGGUACACGCUGCUCUUCUCCCACGGCAACGCAGUGGACCUGGGGCAGAUGAGCAGCUUCUACAUCGGGUUGGGCACGCGCAUCAACUGCAACAUCUUCUCCUACGAUUACUCGGGUUACGGCGCCAGCACGGGGAAACCCUCCGAGAGGAACCUCUACUCCGACAUCGACGCGGCGUGGCAGGCGCUGCGGACGCGGUAUGGGAUCAGCCCGGAGAACAUCAUUUUGUAUGGACAGAGCAUUGGCACAGUGCCCACCGUUGACCUGGCGUCCCGCUAUGAGUGCGCUGCCAUCGUGCUCCACUCCCCGCUCACCUCCGGCAUGAGAGUCGCCUUCCCUGAGACCAAGAAGACCUACUGGUUUGAUGCCUUCCCCAACAUUGAGAAGAUCUCCAAAAUCACCUCUCCUGUCCUCAUCAUCCAUGGCACCGAGGAUGAAGUCAUCGACUUCUCCCACGGCCUGGCUCUCUUUGAACGCUGUCCCAAAGCUGUGGAGCCGCUGUGGGUGGAUGGGGCCGGGCACAAUGACAUUGAACUCUACAGCCAGUACCUCGAGCGCCUUCGGAAAUUCAUCUCCCAGGAGCUGGCCAGCCAACGCAACUAGCUGGAGGAUGGGGCAGGGUGGGGGGCUGUCGCGUGUUCGUCCAGCUCUCCCAGCGCUCCCAGUCCCUGCUGCUGGAGGCACGGUGGGUUUCUACAGCCCCAGCCUCGGGAGCCUUGAGCGGACAGUGCGUUUCCUCUGGGGUGCAGCACAGCUCUCCUGCCUCCCUGCGUCACCCGGUGCUGCUGGCAUCACAGCUGGGCAGGCUGGAGAGGGCAGCUCGCUCCUCCUUCCCCGCUGAGCAGAGCGGAGCCCCUCCUGAUGGUGAAUCUUCAGCUUCGGACACGUCCUCAUCCCCUCUUCUGAAACAGUGAACUGUUGAAUUCCUCCCGGCUGCUCUGCUGCUCCUACUGUAGCAAUAAGGCGAGUUGGGCUGGGAGCAGCCGCAGGAUGAGCCUGUCCCUGGUGUCACUGCGUGGCGGAGGAGGGCGCAGCUCCUUCUGUGCUGGUUGCAGCAGAUGCCUGCUGCUGCUCCCUGCCUGGGGCAGAGCUGUGGCCCCAUAGGGGGGGAUUGAGGAUGCGUGGAGGAGAUGCCCCCCACCUCACAGCCCUCUGCUCAGCCCCGCUCUGCCUUCUUGGAACACUCCCCGUGUUCAGGUCCUUUCUGUGACACUCCUUCCCUCUCCGUCCCCUCAGAGCGGGGUGAGGAAACCAGGCACCAAAUAAAGAGCUGAGGUUUAGAGUUUUA